UUCAGGUUAAAGCGCAGGUCAUAGAAACUUUAGGAGAGCUGAAUUUCACGUGUCCUGAAGGAUGGAGUAUACACAAGGCAAACUGCUACAUGAAAGUGGAUGUGGAUGAGACCCAUAAAGAAGCAAAAGCUGUUUGUACCAGGCAGGGUUCAGAUUUGUUUAUGCUAAACAACGAUAUCGAGUAUGACGAGGCCGUACACAAACUAUUCCCCACCAAGAAUAUCUGGAUUGCCUACAAAACAAAUGAUACGUCUCUGGACUUCAUCAAGCGUUGGGCUAACUUUGAGCCUGUUGUUAUACCUGAUCAGCCAGGCUGCAUCGUGCUAGAUCCUAUUGCUUCAAAAACACGUGUGGCUGACUGUGAUGAGAGACACGCCUUUGUGUGCAAGAGACGCGCUUGCCUCCAAGGCUAUGUGUCAUGUGACAAAGCCGCUAAGUGUAUACCCAUGGAGCGCAUGUGCGAUGGAAAUAUGGACUGUGACGACACGUCAGAUGAGUUCUUUAAUUGUUCUUCCAAAGGAUAUCAUUCUAUCCAUGUGAAUGGAACCAGCAGUUUAAACACCGGAACACUGACAGCUGGUAACCAGAAAACAUGGAACCUGGUAGCACCCAUUGGUAGAAGAAUCAGGAUUUUUAUCCAAUCAACAACAUUGGCAGCCAAUCUUGCCUUCCUGGAUAUCUACUCGGGGACUCCCUACAUGCAGGAAGCUUCACUGAUCAAGCGAUUCACAGGCACCGUCAGUUCACAAUACAUCUACUCCACAAACAACUUCCUCACCAUUAACAUGUAUGCUCAGAAUGUCCAGUCAGCAGUGCCAGCAUUUAACAUACUUUACACCUCAGACCUCCCCGACAUCUUUCAUGGCUUCAAGGAUCUCACUGCCUCCAUCAUUUGGGAACAGCUGGUGUUCCCUUACCAAAAUGAGAUGAACAAACCUGCUCAGCUGCAACUCAGAUGGAGAAUCACUGCACCUGUUGGACAAUUAAUAUCUUAUUAUUUGGAGAAGGUAGAUUCCAGUAAACCUUUACAAGCAGAAAUAAUGAGCGGAGACUGGACACUGUUUAUGGAUCAUAUCUAUGUGUCUGGUACAAACACACUUGAAAUUGUCAUGAAGGAAGUCCCCAGUAACACCAAGCUAGUGUACAAGACAGGAUGUGGGCAGAAUGUAAGCCACCACAGUGGAAUGAUCAUCUCUCCCAACAUAAUGGGCGUGAUCCCAAACAAUGUCAUGUGCUCCUGGACCCUGGAUGGGGGGCAGCGGGCUGGCAGAGGAAUGUCACUCAAGUUCUACACAAACUUUACGUCGGACCCUAGAAUUACACCAGGCAGCAGAUCUGAAGACUACAUAACUAUCAAUGCAGAUGGGAAAACUGUCAAGAAUUAUACAGACAGGAUAUACAGCAGCAGAAAUGGACUGGUUGUGAUUAAUUUAACAUCAGAUGCAGCAUUAAAUUCCAAUUCAUUUAGGAUUGAAUUUGCCACGGACUGUCCCGCGUUGAAUGUUUCGAGCGAGACAAAUAAGAGCAACCAAGGCGCAGUGUUUGAAGAAGAUGUGGAACUGAGCUGCCCGACUGGUCACAAGUUUCACCUUGAGAAAUACUCUGAAAACAGGUCAUUGACUUUGACCUGUGGAAAGGAUCAGCAGUGGUACAUUAAAGAGGAAAAACUGGUUGCAAUCCCAGAGUGUAGAGUGGUUUACUGCGGCCCUCCACCCAAGAUUGAGAACGGCUAUAUUGUCAAGGCGACUGGGGCCACAUACAACUCUACGACUAUGUAUAGCUGUGCACAGGGAUUCACAAUGUUUGAAAACAAGAAUGCAACCUGUGAUGAGAAUGGGAAGUGGAUGAAUGCACCCACAUGUGAUUCUGCAACCUGUGAGGCGCUGUACGAUGACAUGUUACUAGACGGAUCAUGGAGCAUAAUAGCUGGCAAUAACUUUACAAAUGGCAAUGCAGACUUCAACACUGUUGUUAAGUUUUCUUGCAAUUCUGGGUUUGAGCUCAUCGGGCCAAUUCGAACUCGUUGUACAGAUGUAGGCUGGACGCAUCAGAAUACUCCUCCCAGUUGUGCAAGAUUACCGUGUACAAAGCCUGUCGUGGCAAAUGGUAACCUCAUCGGAACCUUGAACCCAGUAUAUGGAGAUACUUUGAAUGCAACAUGUAAUCCCGGGUUUCGACUGUCCAAUAGUGCACCAUAUCUGAUAGUGAUGUGUGGAGUCAAUCAAACUUUCGAUAUCAUGGCAACUUGUGUAGAUAUUAAUGAAUGCAAUAGCGGACUUUCAACAUGUCAUGUUGAUACAACAACCUGUGAGAACACUGAAGGGAACUUUACAUGUAGGUGUAGGGCUGGAUUCAAUGCCAAUAAUGGGACAGCUUGCACUGACAUCCUUGAGUGCGACAACAACAACGGUGGAUGUAGUCACACCUGCAAUGAACAGCAACCCAAUUACAAAUGCAGCUGUCCAGAAGGGUUUGUUCUGUUCAUGCAAGGUGGAAACGAGGGGUUCACCGCUCGACCGUCAGAGACUGGGAACAUGCCUGGAGAUGUGUACCUAAUAGGACACACAUGCGUCCCUAAACAGUGUCCAUCAUUACCUCCUCUGGCCAAUGGUCAGUAUCUGACCAAGGAUACAGUAUUCCACUAUAAUGACUCUGUGGAGGUUCACUGUAAUGACGGAUAUUUUCUGACGGGUAGAAGUAGCACUGAUGCCACUAUUGAGUGUCAGGAUAAUGGGAGGUGGAAUGAAACUCUCACGUGUCAAGCACGCUCUUGUAAUAUGCCCGUGCCUCCUAGCAAUGGCGUCUUUAAUGUAAAUAGCGUGAGCUUCAUGCAGACUGUGACCUUGACCUGUAACCUCACAGAGACCAAACAAGUCUCCAAGUCAGCGGUGUGUGUGUACAUCAGCAAGGCAGAGGGCAUGAGACUGGCCGGGGACAAUCUGACAUGUCCAGGUAUGAUGUGUUCCGACCCCGGCACUCCUGGAGGCAUGACUCAGUUGGCAACUAGUUAUGAGAUCGGAGCCAAGUUAAGCUACAGGUGUACUAGGAGUGGGUUUGAACCAACAGGGCCACAGAACUAUACCUGUCAGUAUGAUGCUGGUUCUGGUUCUGCAGUGUGGAGUUACAACUUGACCAGCAAUCCCCCAUCCUGUCAAGAUACCGAGAAACCCAAAGUCACCAUGUGCCCAAAUUACAGCUCUGACUAUUUUUAUGCUAUGGGCACUGUGAACUUUAUGACCCCUAACUUCACUGAUAACUAUGGCAUCAAAAUUUUCAACCGCGCUGGGAGUUCUCUCCGCUCAGGGGAUGUAUUGAGUCCAUCAAGCAGCCAGAUCAACAUGAGCUUCAUAGCGACAGACUAUGAUGGGAAUACAGAGACAUGCUCCUACACGUUUAAUGUAUACGAUAAAAGCGUAAAGCCAAACAUCACAUGCCCUCAAGUGAAAACAGUUACUGUGACCGAUCAAAAUGGAGUGAGUGUCAAUGUAUCAGACUGGAUAACAGUGACUGACAUGCCCCAUCACAAUACACGUCUGAGUUUCAGCCCCUCAGUUGUCACGGGCACAGUGGCAAAUAUUGGAACAUCCCAGGAAGUCACUGCUACAGCACGAUUUACUAGCGGUCCUAACGUAAAUGUUGACUCACACUGCAAAUUCCUCGUGAAUUUUGUUGCUGGUAUGUGCUUUAAAGAGCAGCUGUUUUCUGACCACAACUCAGUGCGAAACUGCCUCUCAAAUGCAACAGGUUCACUUGUAUGUACCUCCACCUGUAAUAGUAGCUAUGUUUACGGAGAUGGUGCCACGGUGAAAAAAUUCACAUGUUCAGGGGGAAACGAAUGGGACUAUAAUUUUGUGGAUCCUGCAAAUAGGUUUUGCUUGCCCAUUCAAAGCUCGGAUGACACCAUCACCACAUCCGUUGUUUAUGACUUUUCCACUAACAACUAUAACUGCAAUUCACAGUUUGCAAGUAAAGUGGCUCCUAUGUUGUCAACAUUUGCUACACGCUUGUCAACGUCAUGUGAUGGUCUGUCUUGGACCGUGGAACAUACAAACACUACACUUGUAACUUCUAGUCAGUACCGUGACAAGUUUUGGUUUAAAUAG